UGUAGAGCCGCAUCGGUGAAUUACUUCCCUUCUUGCCAGUAAGUCUCGCCACUUUUGUCAAUAAUAUAAAACUUUAGCAGUAAGUCAUCUCUACUCUUACUCACGGAUUAUCCAUCUGUCACACUUUACUCUCAUAUAAACUUUUGACAGUGCAUCAUCUCUGCCCUUGCUAAUGGUUCAUCUAUUCAUUACAAUUUCUUACCUUAUCAUAUAAACUUUUAUUGUCAGUGAUUCAUCCUUCCCUAUCACACAAAACUUUGACAGUGAUUCAUCUACACUCAAAUACGGGUAUAAAGAGGAGGCUCUUUCCCCCUUUCCUUCCUUCAAACAACAUCAGACCUCACAUAACCUCGCGGGUCUGUAGAUCAUCCACUCAACCCUUUCUAUCUUAUCGAGGGUUAUCCUAUAAGACAGCAACAUUGCUCACUUGCACUCCGAAGUUUUCACAACCCAGCACCGUACACAGAAACGCGACCAUGGCACCUAAACUCGAGCGACGCACCCUUGCUGAAGCCUUCGAAGGCCUCGAGAUUCCAUCUUCCCGAGCUCAGCACCAGACUGACUCUAACCUCGGGCACUCUAUUCGUCUUAUGCUCUUAUCGAGUCUCCGUGGCAACGGUUCGAUCCGUAUUCGUUCAGCACCGAGCAAGGAAUCGACAUUGCUACUUACGCAAGACGACGGUCAUUACGAGGACGAUGCUGAAGAUGAGAGUCAUCCCGAUGAAGACAACAUCGAAUUGAAGAACUACCUCGACGACAUCGCAGAUGCUCUUAAGAAGCAGAAGUCAAAGAAUGACUCCAAGAUUGCUGCAACCUUCAACGAGAGACUGUCGCAGAUGGUCUACGGCUCAAACAUGAUAGAGAUGGUCGGCAGUGGUCUGGAUAUCACAGUCAAGCUUUGUCAACGCAUUUUCGAAGGACAAGAUGUGGACGAUGCAGAGAUCAACGAUCGCGACCCAAUCUACCAAGCUCUCCGAAUGGACCUUGUGAGCAAGAACAAGUCUAGUGGACACGAAGACGUGCUCCGAAGCCGACGCGAGAUCAUCCAGCAUGCAAAGGCUGCGUACUACAUGAUGAACGAAGUCGCCAUCAAGGGAAAGGAUCUAUCUGAAGAGAUCAUUCUGGAAACCCACCGCCUCUUGACGUAUAAAAUCGACAGUCCGGAUAAGAUUCCCUGGAGCGAGUAUGGUGGCAGCUACCGAACUUGUCCCGUUCAGCGAGGCUUUCACUCUUUCCCACACCAAGCUGGGGUCCCGAAGGCGGUACGCGACCUGACUGACUCCCUCAAGGCCGAUAUCGCAACAGCAGAGGCGAGCGGAGAGAUUGACCCUGUGGCUCUAGCAGCCAAAUACUGCCACAAGUUCGUCAACAUUCACCCCUUCCUUGAUGGAAACAGCAGGACAAGCCGUCUUGUCUUGAAUACCAUUCUCCUCAAGUAUGGAGAUUGCUUUGUCUGUCUUGGGAUGGAUUCAAAGGACCGGGGCGAGUACAUGAGGAUCUCAGCGGAAGGAUUCUCCACUGAGGCCAUGGAUAUGCAGCGGGAGGACAUGGAUGAUCUACCAGAGGACUUCAAGCCAAAACAUCACAAGAAACUCGCCACAUUCACUCUGAAGCAUGCUCGGGACACAAUGACCAAGGUCCUUCGAACAUUGAAACGAAAGGAUUAGAGUCACUCCAGUUGAGAGCAGAAACGGGAGAGACGGUAGAUGGUACAUGCUCGGUGGACGAUGCACGAUGCGCAAGGUCCUUUGUACAUCGAAGCGGAAGGAAUAGGUAGCUCAGAGUCACUCCAGUCGAGAUAAAAGACAAAGGAUGCUAGCACGGUGCACGAGGUCAUCCGUAUAUUGAAGCGGGAGGAAUGACUAGCAUGGAGUCGCCCUUCAGGGAGAUAGCCACUUAUUAGGGAGACCUAGCUAAAUCGUAUCUCUUUGACCGGCAUAA